CCGUUGUACCCUCGGCACCACGAACGGAGUAACAUGGCGACCGGUCGGCGUGGUUAGUCGAUUUGCGACCACCAGCGCGCGUAGAUCAAUGACGGAGGAACACGGCGUUGUUUUCUGAGUGACAAUCUCACAGGCUCGGUCUUCAAGAUUUUCCAAGAAUGGCGCCGACUAUUUGCGUAGCGGAAGUUCCGAUGGCAGGAACUACUCUUUGCACGUAUUCUUGCCGACAGCCGAGAUCUCGAAACGGAGUGAGACGUCGAACGCUAAUACGUGACCGAAUGCUGUUGCGAGCCGGGACCACCGUCUCCCCGUCUUCUUCUUGCGAAAAUCACUCGCAGAGAUUAGAAUGCACGGACACGGUUCCACAUUGUUCCAUUCCAGAUGAAAGUAGGACGCUUCCAUCGUGCGUGGACGAACAUUUCAGAAGACUUAUUGCGACGAGGAAAGAUCUCUUGAACAUUGUUAUACGCACAAUAAUUCUCGUGCAACACAAUUCCAUUCUUCAGAAACGCGUGAACGCGUUACGGGCGGAAGCACAUAAAUUUCUGAGUUCCGUAUUGAACAAUCCGGAAGAACAGAGUCAACAGGCGAAAGUGGAAGCGCCGCGCUCUCAGGACGAAAUUGUUUCGUCACCCGAGAACGUCGUCGCGAUAUCAUCGUCGUCGCCUACACUUGGCCCAGAUUUCGGCUAAAACAGCCGUCUGCCAUCGAGUCACCUCGAUUUGUGAUAAUUGCAAUCAUGCCGCGUACGAAUCAAGUUCGUGUAAUAAAUAAAUGCGAGAGUUCAUGCGCGAACAAAUCGCGUCGAUUUGUUCAAACGCGAAAAGUCGAACUUCUCUCGGCCGAUACGUAAGUAAAACAAAAUGAUGAUCAAUUCUUUGUCGUAACACUUUUUUCUCUCCCGUGGAUAUGUCGGAAGAAAUUUCUUUCGUAAUAUCGUAGGUUUUACAAAGGAGACAUUUUCUCUCGAGACAAUACCCACGCAAACAUAACGUUCAUUAGACGUCCGUAAUUCCACCGUGACGUCUAAUGCACAUCUAACGGAGAUUUGUAUAGAAUGUUGUCUCGUGUGGAUGGUAAAAACAAAUUUGCAAAAUUUCUCCUUUGUACGAAAAAAAAAUGUCAUGUGAUCCAAAUGUUAAUAAAUUUUACUUGCGCAUUCUUCAAAAGUGUUACGAGAACUAAUAAGUAAACUCUUCUGUGCUUUGUAAUGUAACGUUAACGCAACACACGUUUCGAAAUAGAUCCCAAAAAGUUACAUAAUAAAAGCUAUUCAGUUUGUUGGGAUUCUAAUAUAUAUAAUUAAGUCGUAAUAUCUUAUGAAUAAUAAUUGAAUAAUAAUCAUUAGAGCGUGAGUCAGUGUUAGUCGAUUUGUAUUUACAGACAGCUCUCUCUCUCUCUCUCUCUUAUGCGAAAUUUUCAUAGAACACCCGUCUGAUGCACCAAUUUACGGAUACACUAUGUUCGUGUGUUAACGCAAAUUUAUACACUCUAUAUUAUCUGUGACUGUGAAGUCUGUAUUUGCACUGAUUUUUUGCAAUCACACGAAGUUACGUCCGACUUGCGGACUUGUUUCACAAACAUAGUUAUAUUAUACAAAAACGCAUGCAACUUGCAUCUUCUAAGUCAUUUAAUUAAGAAAACUCACACACUCGAGUUAAAGUAGCAACAGAGAGAGCAAAUAUUACAGAAUAAGUGUAUUUUAGCUGAACGUCAUAGUUGUCGUACGUAGACGCGACGAGACGUUGUCGUACGUAGACAUAAAUUACACAUAAAUUACUAAAAUAAAAAAUAAAAAAAAAAAACCCGAAUUAAAGCCAAAGAGCCAAAUGUUCUUGUGAUGUAUGUGCGAAUAUUAUUUUUAAACUAUCUAAAUUAAUACACACACAAGAUAUCCCGGUUUGACUUUUAGUCAACAUGCUUCUUCGCAAUGAUUUUUCAAAUUUCGUAGAAAAGUAAAAAAAAUUGUUUAUGUAUACGAAAUGCAAAUUGAACUUCCGAUGAAUUUUCAAAUUCAAUUCGAAUUGCGACAUGCGUAUAUUAAUUUACAUGUAUAAGAAUUUAUUUCGCACAUACGUGGCAGCGUUUGGUUUUCAAUGGCUAAUUACUUUAUUAGUUGAUACUGUAUAAUGAGUCU